AGGCUGGCUGCUGCUGCGGCGGCGCGGGGACUGCGGGGACUGUGAGGCGGCCGCGCGGACAGCGACUCCCGGGGAAACCCGCUCCCCGGGAGCAGGAGCAGGCGCAGGAGCGGCGCCGUCCCAGGCCAGAGGCGAGCGCCGGGCGCCGGGAGAGCGGAGAGCCCCGGCAGCUGCCGGAGCGCGGGGGCGCGGCCCGAGGAAGCGACAGAGCGAGCCCAGGCCUGGGGAGGGCGCUGGGCGCCAGCCUCCUGCGCCGAACAUCCGAGGCGGCUUCGCGGGAGACAAAGCCGCGCGUAGAGACGCGAUGCCCGCCGAUCGCGAGCCCGGCCGGCGAGGGCGCGGGGGCUGCGGCGUCUGAGCGCGCCGAGCCUUGCGCCCGGGGGGACGCCGAACCCCGGGGCCGGUGCGGGCGGCGGCGGGCGGGGCCCAGGUGCGCCUGGCCGCGUCGGGCCCGUGACUGCUCGGGGGGCGGCGCCCUCCCGCCGCAGCCGCAGUGGCCGGCGCCGCAGCCAGGAGCCAUGGGCAACAUCUCCUCCAACAUCUCGGCCUUCCAGUCCCUGCAUAUCGUCAUGUUGGGCUUGGACUCGGCCGGCAAGACCACGGUGCUCUACCGGCUCAAGUUCAACGAGUUCGUGAACACGGUGCCCACCAUCGGCUUCAACACCGAGAAGAUCAAGCUGAGUAACGGCACGGCCAAGGGCAUCAGCUGCCACUUCUGGGACGUGGGCGGCCAGGAGAAGCUGCGGCCGCUGUGGAAGUCCUACAGCCGCUGCACGGACGGCAUCAUCUACGUGGUGGACUCGGUGGACGUGGACCGUCUGGAGGAGGCCAAGACGGAGCUGCACAAGGUGACCAAGUUCGCCGAGAACCAGGGCACGCCGCUGCUGGUCAUCGCCAACAAGCAGGACCUGCCCAAGUCGCUGCCGGUGGCCGAGAUCGAGAAGCAGCUGGCGCUGCACGAGCUUAUCCCGGCCACCACCUACCACGUCCAGCCGGCGUGCGCCAUCAUCGGCGAGGGCCUCACCGAGGGCAUGGACAAGCUCUAUGAGAUGAUCCUGAAACGCAGGAAGUCCCUCAAGCAGAAGAAGAAGCGGACUGGUGACUUAAGGAGCUGCGAAGGCUGAUUUACCGGCCUGCUCUCGACCUGCCCCCCACCCCCAGCUCAGGGGACCUUUUGUCUGAACGCUAGAGCUACUGACCAGGUCGGGGGGCCGCGGUGGGGAGUGGAAGAGCCGGUCCUGCUCUCCGCCCUCCCUACCCCAGGUGGAAGGCUCAGUUGUCCGAAAGACAAAGGCGAUUUCUUCCUACUACUGCAGGGCCAGAAGUUCAGGCUGCCCCGCCCCCACUGGGGGAUCGCACCUGUGAAUUACCUGAGGUAUGCAUUUCCCAGAACCCUGGGCGCACCCACGUGGGGGGGCAUGUUGGUUCUGGGGGGACCACUUCUCCUUGCAUUCAGGGGCUGUGAAGCUGAGUAAUUUUCGGUCACAGGGCAGGCCCCUGUUGAAAUUUCAUUUGUCCUGCUCUGGGUCCAGAGGAGCUGGUGGUUUGGGUCAUCAGAGGACUGCCUGGGACGGUGCAGUGGGCACGGAGCGCUGUGCUGGCCUGGCUGGGGAUGGCCGCGGAGAUGCCCUUUUCCUGGUGCUUUGUGGUGGCUGCAGGAGACCAGUUUUGUUGAGAACUGCUUUUCAGCCUGGAAUCAGACAUCUUCCAGAUGGUUUGGACCCUGUCCAUGUGUAGGUCAUUAUCACACAAAGAGACCAAUAAAAAUUUAAAAAAAAAAAAAAAAGACGAACUAUUGGAGGUGGUGGCCAAUGAUGCAUUUACUGUUUGCAGGAUAGUUAAAGGUGUUUAAAGGGUAAGGCUUUUGGUGUAAAUGCUGGAUGGGGUGUGUGUGUGUGAAUAUAGGGACCUCCCUCUGUACUGUGUAAUCGGCAUUAAUACCUAGACUCAUAUGUAUGGAAUUUUAAAUUCUCUUAGCCUACUGAUUGGUUUGGAUGAGCACACCAGCUGCAGGUGUGUGCUGAAUUGCAAGAUGAUAUAUUUUUUUUUUAACCAAGGGAUGUCUCUUGUAAUACCAACCGCGUGAUGAUGGGUUUUCAGACAUGUUGAAAAAAAAAAAAAAACUUUUACAAAUGAAUACUUACCUUAGAAAUAUUCACCUUAGGAAAAAAGACUUUGCUCUGCCCUUUUAUAUUCCUUUAUGCUGCAAGUGGCGACAUGUUCAGAUUUCUAAUUUGGUUCAUUGUGGCCUAUCUGGUUUAAGUAUUUCAUUAAAAAUGUCUCGUUAGAGUAUUUGAUGUCAUGCACCAAAAAAAUAAAACCCCACCUUGUUGCAAAAGCUGACCUCGUUGCAUGGAAUUAAAAGAGAAGGAAAAACACAAGGAUGAAGUCUUUCCGAAUUCAUUCUUGUGGGAACUGGCCUUCGGAGCCAGCCAGCACUUUGGGCAAAUGCAAACAACAAUGAGUGCUUGAGAUAAAAGAAAGUGUGACGUCAUGGUCACUGGUACUCAGGCACUUCACAGUUUACUUGAAAGAGGCUUUGGAAAAUAGAUAAAGUGAAAGAAGAAUAAAUACAUAUUUUUAAUAAUGUAAUUUUAAAAAUCCUUUAUAAUCAGGACUGAGUCUUGGUUUGCAGAAGCUGUCAUUUACCCUGAAACACAGUAUCAAAAGGGAAACUUAAAACAUACUGUUUGAUUUUUUUAUUUCCUCUUACAAUCCAUGUUUUCAGGUAGAAUUAUGACUUUCCCCCCAUUGUUACACAUUUCUUUACAAAGGAGGCCUGUAGAAAUGGGACACGAUCAAAUUAUGAGUCCAUGCCUAUUGUCCAUUACACACCGAAUGUUAAUUUAAGAACCAGAGGCAGAAGUUCUGGCUUCCUGCUUGAAACCCAAUUCUUAUAUGAAAUUUUUUAAAAGCAGAAACCUAGCAGCCCAUCUGCUUUUUCUCUUUCGUCGGUGUAUUUGGUACCCCUCCAAUGCUGGUCUUUUUGUAGAAACUCAGUAGAGAAAGUCUAGCUAAGCAGUGUUGAAAAGCCUGCAAGAUUUCAGUUUACAUAUCGACAGCAUAUUCACUGAUUUCUAAAUGGGCUGGUCCCAUCAUCUGAAGAUUCUGUAUAGAAUUAUUAAAAAAAAAAAUCCAUCUUUCUUUAUUUUCUUCACAUGCGACAAUUUCUUAAGCACUUUGACAUUUUGGUAGUUCCACACUAUUGAGAGAAUAAUAUAUUUAUUUUGUGACAUUGCAGAUGCCAAAUACUGUAACCUUCUCGUGAUAACAAUACUUAGGUUCAAGAUCACUGUUCAAACCCUGUCAUGCUUUAAAACUGAUGCGAGAUGAUUUUGUUUUUUGCAUAAUCGAUAAUUAAGGGUGCAAUCAGCUGUUAGUAAUUGUGCAGUAAAGUAAAGCCCUGUGGUGUAUCAACUACUAGUUAAGAGUCUCAGUUGAUUUCUGUAAUGUUUGACGUAAUAAUAGCCCAUUUCGUCUCUGACCCAACAGAGGAAGCACAGAUCAAAUCACCUUGGAGUGGUCACCAGGGGGACAGGGAGCCCCCCACCAAUGUAUCAAUGGGUGAUUUAUGAUGCCUUCUGCCCUUUGACGAGUGAAUGGGUUUCCCAUAGGGGAAGUUGGCCUCCCUCCGUGAGCUUUGGAAAUGUUUUCUAAUAGACACAGGGAGGCCAGUUUUGUUUCAGAGCAAUUAUCUUCCCGAAUUCUCUGUUCUGGUGUUGGGACUGUGUGCCCUGGUUUCUGUUUUCCUUUCUACUGCUGUAAUUCUCUGUCUCAUCAUCCUCCUCUUUUGUUUCUAUAACCUUUUAUAAUGCAUAUAUGAUGCUGUGAACAGAAAUAAAUUAUUUAUACAAUCAAA